AGUGCAAAGUGCAAAAUCAAUGGAACGCCUGGAAAACCUGGAAAAGUUGAGGAAGGAAUUGGCGCGAAGGGGCGAUGAACCGUUCUAUUUUCAGAAGGACAACUAUGCAGAUUCGUUUAUGGUGAUUUGCGAGAAAAUACAGGAGCGGAUGCAGAGUUCUCUUUGGAGAAUGACUCUACCACCCUUGGGUGGUGCGAAACCAUACAGAUUUGACGAUUUGAAAGAUAUGAUUGAAAACUUUGACUGGGAUAUUCUAAAGACUACGUACGGGAGAUUUUACGAAGGUGUCAUUCGCGAUGACAAAGGCGUAAAAGUGCAAGAAGUUACUAUCAAGACAUGGGAUUUCUUUUGUCCAAGACAGAAGUACUAUGCUGACCAUCCAUACACAUUUUGUAAUGAGCUUGAAAUACUGACGAGUGAAGACCCGCAUCCCAAUUUGAUGAAGAUAAAGGGGUUCUGCUUCCAGGAAGCACUUGCUGUUGUGUAUGAUGAAAAACCAACUAUGUUUUUGUCGGUGUUGCUUCAUUUUGACACUGACUUUCGAUUGCGUGGUAGAAUAAAAGUGGCUACUCAACUUGCAAGCCUCAUUGCUUGGUUGCACGAGAAGCAAUUUACUGUCCGAGCAAUCGAUCUUUCUGACAUAAUGAUUGACGAGGACUUGAACAUAAAAGUGUUCGACUUUAUUUACCUUGCUCCUAUAGGGAGGAUAAUAAAACGGUGUACCCCCUUAUUUAUCAUGUCAACUCAGAUUCUCCUGAGUAUGCAAGCGCCUUUAAAAGCUGAUGUAUACAUGUUUGGUGUUCUACUUGUGGAGUUGUUUGCCAAAAUCAAAAAGAUUCCCACUCCACACUACUGCUGGAUUCAGGAGCAGCUCCAAGGUGGAAAAAAGUCGAUAGUGGAUAAAUCACUUCUCCAAGAUAAUGAUGAUGAUGAUGAGCUGUUGGCUAAUAGCAUCACGACUAUAGCAGCGAAAUGUCUGGAAAGGGAUCCAGAUGCACGCACAGGUAUGAAGAAUGUCUCUGUAGAAUUGUCCAACUUGUUAGAUGGAGCAAGGAGGGAGCGAGGGACUAAGAGGAAAGCGGGGAGUUGAGUUUAAAGUCUAGUUGCACCGUCGAGGUUGCUGUUCGAAGCCUUGUUCGCGGUUGAGUUUAUUAUUAUUAAAGAUGAUUAGCAGGGGCUUUUCUGUUCUUCUGGUUAUUUUGGUGAUGCUUGUUGGAAAACUAAGCUGUAAAAAGCCACCUAAAAAUGGAUUUGGAUAUAUUAUGAAGUUAUGACGUUCUGGUUUUACAUGUCAGUUCAUUUCCUGAGUUGUAUCUGAAUUUUUGUCCCACUCAAUCCAUUUCUUUGUGUUAAAACCCUACUCUCUGAAUCUCAAGCAUGUAAAAUUCAAUAUUUUGAGCUAAUCGUGGAUUCUUGGUUUUCUUGGUGU